AUGGCGGCGGUGGACAAGGUGGAGGCAGAUUUUGAGGAGCGCGUCGCUCAGACGCAGGUCUGGUUCAGCGAGGCCUGGGAUGAACUGAGGGCUGCCCAGGGUGAGCUGGAUGAGCGCAAGCGAGAGCCCAUCCUGAAGCAGGCCGAUAUCGAGAAGGCCCAAGAGGUGGCGAAGGCGCUUGCCACCACGCUCCGCGGCAAGGAAGAGGAAAUCGGGAAGAUCGUGGCGCAGCAGACCCAGGAGCUGGAGCAGAAGCACAAGGACGCACUUAAUGCUCUGGCCCUGGACCACGCCGGCAAGGUGAAGGAGCUGGAGCUGGAGCGAGAGGAGCUGAAUAAGAAGGUCUCGGAGCUGACGGAGGAGAGGGACACGGCCAACCGCACUCUUGCAGAUGUGCAGGUCGCCAUACCCGACAAGGCCAAGCUGCUCUCCGAGACCAAUGACUCCAUCAGCGACCUGAAGCUGAAACUGGACGGCUUGGUGGGGAAGCUUUCGGAGGCCGGGGCCCAUGAGGAGACCCUGAACAAAGCCCUGGAGGACGAGAAAAGGCUGCGGAGUGAUGACGCCACCACCCACAAGGAUUACGUGAAGAGCGUAAACCUCUGGAUCAGCCGCCUCAUCGACGUCGCCGGGAGGCUCACCGCGCAACUCGCCGUCAUGGGCCUGCCCAGUGUCAUGUACUCCCAUGAGCCGAACGUGAGCCCCAAUGGCAGGCUGACCCUGUUCUUCGAGCAUGUCCUCGACACACUGGAGCAGCUCCGCUCCAACUGA